UUGGAAGUUUGAGCGAUACGGUACUGUAUUCUGCAGCAUGAAUUGAAGAUUGAAAAAUUCGAAUGAUCCAGAGCUAUUUUAUAUGAAAGCACAAUCAUGGGUCUGACUGACUUUAUAGCAAUGCUGAAAGAAAACCCCUACUUUGGGGCCGGUUUUGGACUUGUAGGUGUUGGAGCUCUCCUGACGCUCUCUAAGAAGGGCCUUCAAUAUGGAAGCAUUGCAGCACGGCGCCAUCUGUUGAUGACCCUUGAAGUACCAAGUAAAGACAAGAGCUACCAUUGGUUGUUACAGUGGAUAACAACGAAUGCACGCCAUACACAGCACCUUAGUGUAGAGACAACGUUUACGCAGAGUGAAAGUGGAAAGAUCGAUACUCAAUUUGAUUUUGUUCCCAGUCCAGGAAACCAUUAUUUCAGAUAUAAAAACACCUGGAUCUUUGUUGAGAGGAACCGAGAGAAGCAGAUGGUUGAUCUCCAUACUGGUACACCCUGGGAGACAGUCACACUGACAGCGGUUGGCAGGAACAAGGAACUCUUCUACGAGAUUCUCAAUCAAGCUCGUGAGGCGGCCCUUCAGAAGCAGGAGGGUAAGACUAUCAUGUACACAGCAAUGGGAGCUGAAUGGAGACAGUUUGGAUACCCAAGAAAAAGAAGACCGAUUGAUUCAGUCAUCUUAGACAGAGGCAUCACAGAUAGCAUUGUCAAGGACGUCAAGGAGUUUAUCAACAAUCCAAAAUGGUACUUCGAUAGAGGUAUACCAUACAGAAGAGGGUAUCUACUGUACGGACCACCAGGCUGUGGAAAGAGUAGCUUCAUAAUGGCAUUAGCGGGAGAGCUCCAGUACAGUAUAUGUAUGAUGAAUCUAAGUGAACGCAGCCUUUCCGAUGAUCGUCUCAAUCAUCUGAUGAACGUCGCUCCUCAACAGAGUAUUAUUCUCUUAGAAGAUAUCGAUGCUGCCUUCAUCAGUCGGGAAGAGGCGGAUGAUCCUCGUUACCAGGGUAUGGGACGUGUUACACUGAGCGGUCUUCUCAAUACGUUAGAUGGAGUCGCAUCAACGGAAGCUAGGAUAUUAUUCAUGACAACAAACUACAUAGAUAGAUUGGACCCAGCACUGAUUCGUCCAGGUCGUGUGGACUACAAGCAGCUAAUAGGCCACGCCAGCAAACACCAGCUAGUCCAGAUGUACCAUCGGUUCUACCCAGAACUCGGUCCGGAGGCAGCUGAAAGGUUUGCCAACACCGCACUGUCUUUCAAGAAGCCUAUCAGUGUUGCAGCGGUACAGGGAUUCUUCAUGGUUUACAAGAACGAUGGACUUGCAGUCAUAGAUAAUAUUGAAGCUUUCUGGCAAAGGUGAUGAAGGCUUAUGAGGUCUUCAACUUUUUAAGAAUAAUAUUAGCUGAAACAACUUGUUGAGAGCGAUGUCAAUCUUGCUGGUUCUUCUCGAGACUGCUCAGCGUGAGGCUUCAAGUGGGACAUGAUGCUUAUAAGAAUACCUGUUAUUGGACAGUAUGAGAGUGCUCAGGGAAUGUGAUUUAACCCUUCGACAACUGAAUUUUGGCAUUCCCAUAUGCUUCAUACAGGAACCUCUUGGUUCCAGUAAUGGGUUAAACAGCUACCUGCCUGAUCUGGGGACUUUCUAAAUUUCCAUACUUUGGGGAGCAUUUCAUGAAACAAAUAUAGAUUUCAUUGACUAUUGUCAUAUAUUCCCAAAUUCCUUGCCUUUAUUUGACUCAUUGCACAUAUACAUACGGACUUUGAAACAGAGGGUUGUGGGUUCGAAUCCCAGCCAUGGCGUAAUUUCCUUCGGCAAGAAAUUUAUCCACAUUGUGCUGCACUCAACCCAGGUGAGGUGAAUGGGUACCUGGCAGGAAUUUAUUCCUUGAAAUGCGUGUGCGCUGUAAUCUUAGUAAUUACGGCUGCCAAGCUACAGCUGGGGUAAUAAUAUCCAAGUCCUUUGGAAGCGCAUAGAGACAUUAUUCAUAAUCGUGAUAUGCGCUAUACAAGAACUGUUUAUUAUUAUUAUUAUUAUUAUUAUAUACAUCAAUGAUAUUACGUGUUUGGUAACAUGUGCGCAUUGACUCUCGUCACACUUAAAUUUUUGUGCCUCCCCCCUCGUCUUUGGUUGAACUCAUUCUCAACUUUCACCUGAUUAGUGACGAAUGGCAAAGCAAAGUGUGGCGAUGUAACAUCUCGUUUUUACAGUAUCAAUUGUGAUAGUCAGUAAUGAAACACUCUGAUAAUAGAGCUUCUAAAGGUACCUUGUCAAAAGUCUUAAGCCGCAUCUUUCCUGCAGGAGUCCAGCAAGCAUCUCUUCAUUACAAAUCACUGCAGUCACCAUUGACAAAACAAUGGGGACUACAGGAAAGCUGCAAUGAAAAGAUGCAUAGACCCUUAUAGGGAGAUUCCUAAAAGACAUGGCACAUUGUUUUGACAAGUUGAGUAAAUGUUGAGAGUGGAAUAUGAUGAUUUGUGGAGACUGCAGCCAUGGACUUAAGUGCAAUCAUGUUAGGAUUAUGAAUUUUUUACAGGAUACUUGAAUGACUCAAACCACACCUCUACCGGGGCGUGUUUCACAAAGAUUUUAGUGUGACUUAUGCCGAAUUUACCUUUCAGUUGUGUACGGUAUAUAACGCAUCCCAUUUAAUGGAUUAUUGGUCAGAUUAUGCACACGUGACCGUACUUCCGCGUAUCGAUAAUCAGGAUUAUGCAUUAAAUAACAUGUGCGCGUUGGCGUUUAAGCAUGACUCUAAGGGCCUUUUCACAUGUGAAUCUUGAAUCAUCAUUGUAUUGAUGAUUGCAAUUCGUCUUUAGAAUCAUCGGACCUUUCACACGCUCACUCGAAAACUGUGAUUUGAAUUCAAAUUCCAGAGCGAAAGCGGUAUAUGUCCUUGGUGACUUGUCAAUCAAAGUACUGCAUCGAUACGAUGAGUGGAUGAAAUAUAUUAUCUACGGAAGUGCUUGAAAGGACACAUAAGCUCCACCCCCCCCCCCAAAAGAUAUUUUGGAGGUCAAGCCUUUCACACGUAACAUUCGUACCGUAAUGCGAGUGAAACUUAACUGGAAUUCACCUCCGGAGUAGAAUUUGUAAUUGUGAUUAGCGUUCGUGAUUCUCGUUUGGUUUCACACAUGCUUAAAAUUCGUCAUUAGCCUUAUUUUUCACUGGAAUCAUCAUGCAUAUUACGAUUUUUUUUUACCGGAUGCAAGGGCAGUCAGUCACACUUAACUCUUUUUUAAACACAUCCAGCUUGUGAAAUGGAAUGGUAGCUAGGGUGACAGGGUGAUAAUCACAAUUUUAAGUGUAUUUUAUUGUUAUUGAUUACAUCAAGCUCAGAGACAACUAGGCUCUGUCAGUCAUGUAUUGCAAUAAUUCUUUACUGCCAAGGGCCUGAAUCAUGUACCUUUUAUUCUUUGUUUACUUAUCUGCACACAACCAUCUUGCAUUUAUAUGUCUCUAAUUCCAUAGUUAAUGACAAGACACUACAUGAAGUCAUUUGCUUUCUUUCUUAAAUAUAUACAAACCUCCCCCAUAAGAUAUGGUUUUCAUUUAUGAGAUGGAAAAAUACAUUACCUUUGAGAUAGGACAUUUUGGGCAGCAUGGUUCAUAAGAUAUAUAGAAAAAUUAAAAUCUAUACCAAUGUACUGCAUAGCAUGUUACUAUUUGGUGCAAUUAAAAUGCAUUUAUGAUCUGUGAGGUAUGAGAGGAUACAUUGAUGCCCUUUUAAAUAAAAAAAAAUAAUAUAAAUGAAGGGGUUUCAUAUCAUUCCUGAUUGUAUCUGGUGUCAUAGGGCCUUAGGAUAAUGACAAAGGAGUUGUGAUUGAUCCAAUCAAUGGAACUAUGGAAAGCCAGUAUAAACAUAAGUAAAAUGCAUAUAUGCCCUUUCAUUUAAAAUUAUGUCACUCUAUAUAUGGCAAAUUAUUUUGAUCUAUUGGCAUGACACUUGUUAGCGAAAGGAGACAUGCACACAUUUUGAUAUUGACAAAGAAUUAUUGCACUGCUGGCUUUUCAUAGCUUUGAUCUAUUUCAUGAAUCUUUGUAAAAUGGUGCCAAAAGCCGGUACUAAAUUCACUACAUUAUUUUUAACUUCCAUGAGUUAUCAAAAAUGAAAAUAGAAAUUUUGCUUUUAAUCCAAGCACUGAAUUGAAUAACUGUUCAGUGUUUCUUGUAGAAAUAGGUGCAAGACAAAAAAGGUGCUUCUGAUUGGUUGAAAAUCAAGAUGUGUUUGAUUUCUGGAGUUGUGUUUCAUUGUAACUCUUUGUGCAACAAGGCCCAAUCUUACAAAGAUCUAAGAUUGAUCCGAUCAAGCUCAACUGAAUGGAAAUCCAUCGAUGUCGUAAUUUAUUCUACUGGAAAUUUGCUCAAUGUCCUUAGUAAACAAAGAAGCACACUCAAUUUUCAAGAAAAUGAUGAGUGCAUGAGCAUACAACAUAUCAAAAAAAUAUUUUGAACAAACGUGCAUUUUAGAUAUUGAUGCUGCUGGCUUUCCAUAGUUGCGAUGGAUCUUUGUAAGACGGGGCCCAAUUCCCCUGGUCAUCUCACCAUAUAACAAUUGAACCGUCAAAAUGUCUUUCAUUACUUUAUCCUUUAUUAAUGGAAUACAUGUCAAUG